CACACAGCUGACUGACCUGAUGGACGGUGGUGAACGAUAAAGAGCGUAUUUUAAGUACUAUCCAGUGGCUUUAGUCGUGUCUGGAGGACUUCGGCCCUUCAGUUUGAAAUGUUUUUAUUACUUUAUGCAUCAUUCGGUUCCUGAUAUUCGUUAGUUUGUCGGCUAUCGCACCGAUGAACCUGUGAGUGUCACUGCUGUGAGUUAUCCGACCUACUUCAAAAUGACUCUUCCAGCUUUGCACAGCACCGGCGUACUAUACAGAAGGAUUUUGGCACAGUUUCCACAAGACAUCAGUUUAGCCUUUGCCUAUGGGUCUGGUGUUUUCAAACAACAGGGGACCACCCAAGGUCAAAUGGACAAGAACAUGCUGGAUUUUGUGUUUGCGGUGGAUGAUCCAGUGACAUGGCACACAAUGAAUCUGCUCCAAAACCGCAAACACUACUCUAUCCUCAAGCUGCUGGGCCCUACGACGAUAAGCUCCAUACAGAAUGAAUACGGAGCUGCAGUGUACUACAACACACUGGUCCCUGUGGACGGGAGGGUGAUCAAAUAUGGUGUGAUAAGCACAGACUCUCUGAUCAAUGACCUGAUGCACUGGAAGACCUUGUAUGUUGCUGGACGCCUUCAUAAACCAGUGAAAAUGUUGGUGCAGGGUGAGAAUGGGAAGCUCCGGGCUGCUCUGGUGGCCAACCUGAAGAGUGCAGUGACUGCAUCUUUUCUCAUGCUGCCGGAGAGUUUCAGUGAGGAGGACCUUUUCCUGCAGAUAGCUGGUCUGUCAUAUGCCGGGGAUUUUCGGAUGGUGAUUGGAGAGGAUAAAUCCAAGGUAACCAAUAUCGUCAAAGACAACAUUCAGCACUUUCGGAUUCUGUACAGCAACAUCCUACGGGACUGCCCUCAAGUCGUCUACAAACCACAACAAGGAAAACUAGAGGUGGACAAAAGCCCUGAAGGCCAGUUUGUCCAGCUGAUGGCUUUGCCCCGUACCCUGCAGCAAAGGAUCACCAAACUAGUGGAUCCUCCAGGGAAAAACCGAGACGUGGAGGAAAUCCUGCUGCAGGUGGCUCAGGACCCAGACUGUGGAGCUGUCGUACAACAAGGUAUCUCUUCUAUUGUGAAAUCCUCCAGUAUAACACAGAGUAUCAAAGGCAUUGGAACUGCUGGCUUGUGGAAGACGGUGUCAUACAGCUCCAAGAAACUGAUGAAGAUGUGGAGGGGUUGGAGGAGGAAGCCGUCUGUGUCCCAGAUGUCCUGAUGCUGUCUGUCUUUGGAAAUGUCCGCCAGACAUUUCAUGUCCGUCCUUUGAUUUUUUUUUUUCUCCCCCCCCGACAAACUGAAACAAUCAGAUACAGAGCUCCGAUACCGGUUGUGUCACUUCACAGUCCCGACGAGUGAGUGAGAUCACCAAGACAGAUUGCGUUUGUAAAGUUUGGGACCGCUGUGCAGCUGGCCUUUAUCGCAAGGUUCAGAAGAAGUUGUAGAAAAAAGGUGACAUUUCAUGAGUUAUGGCUGACAUUUAAUGGGGCCGUAAACCAGACCUUUGUGGAUGAUUAUGCCACUGCUGCUGUCACUGAACGACCCACACCAGAGGGCACAGCAAAGAAGCACAGAAUCACUAUUCAGCACCUGUAGUUGGACAAGAUGAACUAAAUGACUGGUUUUAAUGUGUCAAACUUACCUACAGCUGUAUGAUGCAGGAUGAGGGCGACACCGAAGACAGGAAAAAAUCACAAUGAAGCUAUAUCUUGAGGAAAAAAGUCAUAAUAUUCCGAGAAUAAAGUUAUAUUUCCACAAGUAAAAAGUAGUAUUUUUGUGAAGAAACUAAUACACCUGUUAAAUACACCAGCUGAGCCCCAGAAGUUUGGAUCGGUGAAUACCCUUCUAACUUUAAUCUUACUCCAGACCAUUAAGUAUUUCACUGUUUUGUAAAACCUAUUUAAGAAGAUACCCCACAUUCCUCAUUUUAAAGUGACAGUUCCUCUGGUAUUUCUUGCAUAUCUCCUUUUUUUUUUUACAACAAUACACUGAAUUUUCAACAUAAAUGACAGCAUAGCAAAAGUACUAAUUAAAAAUGUGAGGUCAAAUGAAUUUACAUGAAGAGAAAACAUAAAAAUAUAGUAAAUAAAUCAAAGCAUAGAUAAAGCAUAUAGUAAUUUCUGAUUUUUACGCUCGGCCCUUACCGUAGGGUGUUGUCAUCAGUUCGUCAUCCAUCUGUCCGUCCAUUCAUUUGUGCAAAAACUUUUGGCGUGGACUGAAGGCCGAGGAUUUUCAAGUGCGAGCACGUUAUGUUUAAGAUAUUAGUUUAUUCACGUAAAAGUACCAUGUUUUCUCUUGAAAUAUUAGACUUUAUUCUCACAUCCUUAUGACUUCUUUUUUCCCUCAAAACUAUCCUUAUGAUAUUUUGUUGAAAAAUUGUGACUGUAUUAUUGGAAUAUCUUUUUUUUCUUCCCCCAAACCUCUUCAAUGUGGCCCUGAUCCUCUUUUGAACAGCUGUAUCACAUGUUCAGCUAUAGAGAGAAUCAUCUUCCUCAUGUUACACUGAAAGGUUAACACAUCUGAAGCUGUAGAUUGAAGUUACAUAUAAACAGACCUCUUUUCCUCUGACUUUGCCAAAGAUCUCAGGUGUUUUACUCUCAGCUCCUUAGGAUUGUUAACGGUACAUCUCAUGUAUUAUUAAACUAAAGUGACAUUUAUUUAUCAUCAUGAUAUAAGUUAAUGCUCAUUGUUAACAGACUUUAUGUUGACGACUGCAUUUGUAACAGAUAAUACUCUGAUGACAUGCAUCAUCUUAAGUCAGGUUCACCACUACUGAUGUCUUUAUUUCUUUAGAGGUUCUCUGCCAGAUUUUACUGGAUUUUCUUUGUAAACUGUGGGACAGUUUACUGAGCACACUGGCCUUUCACACACACCGUUCAAGUCAAUAUUCAGGCAAUUCCACUCAGUGUACUGACUACCAAACUCCUGCUGUUAGUUGUGGAUAUUUACUUCUGUACUGUAAUGAACAACACUUUUUAAGA